CACAAACACCCAGGAGACCAAUUUCUCGGUCGAAGAUUUCCAACCAAGGGUAACCAACAUCGCAACGCGAGUCACUAGAAAGAGAGGACGGCAUAACGAGAGCUAUGCACCCGAGGAGAGUACCGGCAGGGUCACCACCCGGGAGGUGUGGAAGCUCAUUGACGAGCUGAAGGACAUCGUCCACCGCCAAACCACGCUUAUCGAAUCAACCAAAACUGAACUACAGGAGGUUAAACGCGGACAGAAUGUCCUCCAGGAACAGAACCAGAAGCUCUCGGAGGAAGUCAAAGCCCUGCGGGCACAACUCGACCGACCGCCGCCGGCGCCCUCGGCUCGGUCGUGGGCCGCCGUAGCUGCUAGUCCGGCCACUCUGAAGCCUCACCAGAACAACCUACGCCCAGACAAAGACCUGAAAUGUGUCCGAAUCAGCACUCAACAGUCGCCAAUUGACGUUUCCGAAACGGAAGGAGUAGGGAACGGAUUUAGCCGAUAUAUGCCUAUCCCCGCAGCGAACAACCGUAUCAGAACGGCGUUUUUAAACACCCCCUCUACCCAAGACGUGCAGGUUGCAGGAAUUGGUACCACGAAGACUGGAUACGUGAUCCGAUUCAAAGACAUGGAGUCAGCCGAGACGGCGCGUAAAAACAACGAAUGGCUACACGAACUAGGCAACGAGACUAAGCUGGUCAAACCACAAUUCGGCGCAGUUGUACACCACGUACCAACAGGAGGACUGAACCUUGAGCGAAACAAAGAAAGAGCCAUCCAAAAGAUCAUGGAAGAGAACGACCUCCAGGAUCGCGGGUUCCGAAUUGAAGACAUCGCAUGGCUGAAGAAAAGAGACAAAAUGCUCGGGGCAUUCGGCUCUAUGGGCAUUUGGUUCGACUCCGAGGAAGCGGCACAAUGGUCGCUCGACAAUGGCCUUGUGAUCGACCAACAUUGCGUCGGUCGUGUGGAGAGAUUCGAAAUUAAAAAGAAGCGGUGCUUCCGCUGCCAAGGGUUCGGUCACCUUGCGUGGUCGUGUAAGGAAGCCCCCCGGUGCGGCCACUGCGGCGGCCAGCAUGAACGAACACGAUGCCCACCGGGCAUCAGAGCACACUGUCUGGAUUGCGGCGGUGAACACACCACCGGAGACCCACUAUGUUCGAAGCCAGCCAGCGCUCCUACCCCACAAUGUUAGAAAACAACCUCCGAAUCCUACAGUUGAACAUGAUGAAAUCGAGGGCGGGUAUGGAGGCCCUUAUCAACGAUCACCAGAGCCAGAACCUAGACGUGCUUCUCAUCCAGGAGCCGCCUAUUACGGCAUACCAAACACACGUGAACCACAGUGUAUGGCGGCUCUACCGGCCGACGGGAGGAAACGACGCAGCCCGAUUUCGAAGCCUUAUCUACGUGAACCGAAAACUCUCAACGUCCUCUCACCGGCAGCUGCCAAGCAACCACCCGGACCUGACUGCCAUCAAGGUCUGGACCGCCGACACCCAAAUCCUAAUCUUCUCAAUUUACAUCCCGCCAGUGCCAAUGCACACGCCUGAGGAAGCAUCGGCGGCAACGGUACUAUCCACUAUCCAAGACACGAUACAAACCACCCUCCAAGACGACAACAGGAGCGCUUGCAUUGUCCUCUCUGGAGAUUUCAACCGACACCACCCAGCAUGGGGCAGCAACCACAUUCAACCCCGGUUCAUCGAGGAUGCAGGGGAGGUGAUCGGCUUCUUCCAAGGCAACGGCCUCCAAAGCUGCCUACCCCGGGGCACUGCGACCUUUUGGUCGCUGAGUCACCCCGGGCGAAACUCCACCAUCGACCAAACCGUGACCGACAGACCCGACCUACUCAUUAAAUGCCACCUCUACCACGAAAACUAUGGCUCCGACCAUCGAGCAACGUACUCGGAAUGGAACCUCCGAACACUACGUAACGCCGCCGUUAAGGCAAGAAAAGCGUACGAUCGAGCUGAUUGGGAAAAGAUUGGAUGGGAGGUGUGGAGACUCAUGAGACCCUGGGAGUCCCCGACCACAAUCGAGGCACUUGACGCUAUGGUAGAAAAGCUCACAGAAGAAACUGCAAGAGCGGUCGACCGACAUACUCCGAACCUACGGCCGUCUCCUUACGCGAAGCGGUGGUUCACCGCUGAUUUGAAAUCUCAACAAAAAGAGGUAAACUAUGCACGGCGCAGAUGGCAAGAGAGCUGCGCGAUGGCGGGACGGGAUGACCCUUACACCAUGGCGCUCUUCGAAGACAUGCGCCAGAAGCGACGGACAUGGACGCGAACAAUUGAGAAAGCCAAGACUUCACAUUGGAAACAGUUUCUUGACGAGGCGGGCGAAGGAAAGUUAUGGAAAGCGGCAACAUACAUGAAACCACGAGACUCUUGGGGCUGCAUACCUGCCCUUAAGGUGGGCGACCGAGAGGUGACCGAUAACCAGGAGAAGGCGCAGGCCUUCAUGGACUCGUUCUUCCCUCCUAUGGCGCCCGCCGAAGAGGAAUCUUCCAUGGAACCCCCCGCUGAACUCCCGUGGCAACCGAUCUCCGUGACUGAAGUCUACCGAUCUCUAAAAUCAGCAAAAGGCUCGUCGGCCCCAGGGGAAGACAGCCUCCCGAUGCUGAUCUGGAAACGUCUGUGGAAACACCUGGGAUACCUCAUCACCAAGAUCUUCGCAGCAUCGAUCGAGCUAGGAUACCACCCCCAAAGAUGGCGAAGCGCCCGCAUUGUUGUGCUACGGAAACCCGGGAAACCAGACUACUCACUCCCAGGAGCCUACCGCCCGAUUUCACUUCUAAACACAAUUGGCAAACUACUAGAGGCAGUGAUGGCCAGGCGGCUAUCCUACCUCGCAGAGCACCAUGGACUUCUCCCAGACACUCAAUUCGGGGGACGCCCGGGACGCACCACCGAGCAAGCCCUGCUAAUAUUGACCAACGCAAUCGACCGAGCGUGGCACGGACAAAGAGUGAUCACCCUAGUAGCCUUCGACCUGAAGGGAGCAUUCAAUGGGGUAAAUCAGAUAACCCUAGACGCCCGCCUCCAGUCCAAGGGAAUCCCCGCCGUUGCGCGGAGGUGGAUUGCAAGCUUCAUGAGUAGACGACAGGCCAACAUUAAAUUCGAUGACUAUAGUUCGGAGGUAGCACCACUCCACAAUGCUGGACUGCCGCAAGGCUCCCCCUUAUCGCCUAUCCUCUUUGCACUCUUCAACUGCGACCUAGUCGACCAGCCCGUUGACUUCCACGGCGGAGCAUCAGCCUUUAUCGACGAUUAUUUCCGCUGGAGGGUCGGCAGGUCCGCCGAAGAAAACCUAGCGAAGAUCCAGUCCGAGGACAUACCACGGAUCGAAGCAUGGGCUCGGAAGACGGGGUCCAGCUUCGCAGCGGAGAAAACCGAACUCAUCCACAUCACCAGGAAGAGAAGCGAACAAUGCCAAGGCCAGAUCACCAUGAACGGCAUAACCGUCACACCGGCAACAACCGCUAAGCUCCUGGGUGUGAUCUUCGACCACGAGCUACGGUGGAAAGAACACGUGCAACAGGUAGUCAAGCGAGCUACCAAAGUCAACAUGGCACUGGGAGGACUGCGACAGCUCCGCCCGGAUCAAAUGCGCCAGCUUUACGAAGCGUGUGUCGCACCGAUUAUCGAAUACGCGUCGACGGUCUGGCACGACCCGCUUCGGGACAAAACACACCUUCGACACCUGCGCACGGUGCAACGAGCAGCGCUCAUCCGGAUACUCUCUGCCUUCCGGACUGUGGCAACAUCCACGCUCGAAGUCGAGGCACAUGUGAUGCCAACCCAUCUUCGAUUGCGCCAUCGCGCCCAAACCACUAUCGCCAAACUUCACACGCUACCACGGAAGCACCCCAUAUGGGACACCUUGCUUCGCGCUCAGAGACGACGGAACAAUAUCGGGUCGUACGCUCGAUUUCCACUUGCAGAGGCCCUAAAAACAAUGUCCCUAAAGAGACUACACGAACUGGAAAUGAUUGAUCCAACUCCACUUCCACCGUGGCGAGCAGAGGCUUUCUCGAGCAUUGAGAUCGAACCCGACAGAGAGACUGCAAUAGAACAGGCGAAGACGGCACGGUCUAAGUCGGACGUCACCGUCUACUCAGACGCUUCGGGACGCCACGGUCACCUCGGCGCAGCAGCCAUAGGAUUCAACAAGAACUCACCGGAGGCAACUGAAAGCCUGCAAGUCCAGGUUGGCCCGAUGGACCGAUGGUCAGUACAUGCUGCCGAACUGCUGGGGGUAUUAUACGCGAUCAUCCUCAUCAACAAGGUCGCCGUCCAAUGUCGAAGGUCAAUGGACACGCGGGUCAAAUCUGCGACUAUCCUCAGCGAUAGCAUGUCAGCUCUACAAGCAAUCGAGAACCCAAGGAACAAGUCUGGACAACAGAUUAUCCACGCCAUCAUACGAACAGCCACGAACACUAAAACCCACGGCAUCGCGGUUCGUCUGCAGUGGGUACCUGGACACUGCGAUGAACCUGGGAACGACGCAGCAGAUCGGCUAGCCAAAGACGCGGCCACACCAGGCCAAACACAUCCAUUUUCCCCCUUAUUAUCGCGAGAGGGGACCCAUAUCAGGCACGGUAUUCACUCCCAAUGGGAAAGAGAAUGGAAAGGAUCCCGGAAUGGCAGCCACCUCCGCAAGAUCGACAACGCAUUGCCAGCCAAAUACACGAGACAGCUCUAUGGAAACCUACCUCGAAACCGAGCGUACCUUCUGACGCAGUUACGGACAGGACAUUGCUGGUUAUCAACCUACGCCAAGUUGUUCCGUCACCGCGACGAUGACCGGUGUGUCUGCGGCGCGCGGGAAAGUGUGAUCCACGUCCUCCUGGACUGCCCCGCGCUGAGGCACCUACGCAGGGAACUGCGGGAGAAAGUUGGAGACGCAUUCAGAAGCAUAUCAACCCUACUGGGAGUAGGAGGACCUAGAGGAGGCGAUGCUUCUCCGCGAGCCAAGACGGUGGAGGCUGUUUUAGACUUCGCAGAAGCAUCACAACGGUUUCAAAACCGCGCGCCAUGAGGGCAGCAAUCCAAAAUAACGGCUACGAGGCCAUGGCAGGCCCCAACGAGGCUCUAAGUUCGUUUAAGAAGUGAUAUAAGACACAUGUACCUACAUUGAUUUAUAGUUGUUGUAUGCUGCAUAUCGUUCGCGAGGGGUCAGCGUAAAUGAAAU